UGCGCUCAGCGCGUUUUACCGCAGUAUCUCUGGAUUAGUGCGCGCGCUGCGGCACUCCGUUCGGUUUCAAACGGCGAAGAGCGAGAAAACCCGUCCGAACCCAGACGCAAAACAAAUUUACAAUAAAUUAUAACGUCCACUCGCAUUCAUCAGUUUCAUCGCGUUUAUUCAAAGUGGUUAUAAACGCAGCGCGCGCCUGAGAAUCCACCGGAGACAUGGCCAUAGAGGACGAGAAGAAGGAAGCCGGGGGAUGGAAGGACUGCUUCUGGAACCCGCGGACGCACGAGUUGCUCGGGAGAACGGCGAGUAGCUGGGGUCUGAUUCUGUUGUUCUAUCUGGUCUUCUACACGUUUCUGGCCGGCAUGUUCUGCCUCACGAUGUAUGUGAUGCUCCUGACGCUGGACGAUUAUAAGCCCACUUGGCAGGACCGUCUGUCUACACCAGGGAUGAUGAUUCGGCCAAAAGGAGAAGCUCUAGAAAUCGUUUACAAUAUUAAGGAAACAGAGAGCUGGGACUCGUACAUUCAGGCCCUGGAUAACUUCCUCGCACCCUAUAACAACUCUCAGCAGGCGAUGAACAACGACGACUGCCCCCCAGAUACAUACUUCAUUCAGGAGGACAGCGGAGACGUGCGCAACAACCCCAAACGCUCCUGCCAGUUCAACCGCACCAUCCUGGAGGAUUGCUCCGGACUCACCGACCGCACGUACGGAUACGAGGCGGGCAAACCCUGCGUCCUCAUCAAACUCAACCGGGUGAUUGGGAUGAGGCCAGGAAAGAAAAUCAUAGGAAGUCAGGACAUUCAAGCUCCGUACGUGACCUGCGGGGCAAAGAGAUAUAAAGUGGGAGACGAGUGGAAGGAAGAUUCGGAUACCAUUGGCGAAAUCGCUUUCUUCCCUCCUAACGGAACCUUCAACCUCAUGUAUUAUCCAUACUACGGCAAGAGAGCACAGGUGAAUUAUUCUCAGCCUCUGGUGGCCGUGAAGUUCACAAACAUCACUUUCAACAUGGACAUCAAUGUGGAGUGUAAGAUCAACGCUCUCAACUCUGAGUCUGACCCCGAACAAAAGUUCAGCGAGAGAGACAAGUUCGCUGGCCGUGUGUCCUUCAAGCUGCGCAUCAACAAAAUGUAGAGCAACUACAUCUGCCACACACACACACACACAGGAGAUUGUAGGAGGUGUCAAUCAUAUCUCAAAGAGUUUAAUGUUUUUGUUCGUCCUCAUACUCGGGUCUCCAUGAUGAUUUCUGUGUGCGUGCGUGUCUUUGUAUCUCUGUGUGUUUUGAGUACUCUUGACUGUCGUCAUACCCAGCUGAUCUCAUUCCAAAGUGAAAUCAAGAGAGCAGGAAAAUAGCCUUUCUAAAUCUCUCGACAACCAAUACAGACAUAAUCAAAAUCUCAUGAACAAUCCAGUGAAUUCAGGGGGACCACAAUCAUUCAAGAGUUUAGAUUUUACGUCAAGAAAAUCAAGCCUAUUACUAUUUUUUUCCUCAUUAUUUUCAUGACAUUUUCCCCAUUUGUGCUUAAAUAAUUGUCAUGAAAAUAAUGUAAAAUGUGAAAAAUCUCGCCCUAAAAUAAGCUUAAUUUUCUGUAUGCAAAAUACACUCUCUUACUUAUUGAUAUCGAGCUGAAAAACAAUCUGGAUUCACUCGUUUAGUCUAUAAAAUAGCUGUUACGCGACUGCGAGUGUGUAAUAAAUCACACAAAUUCGAGAAGUCAAAUCAGGUUGAAUUCAACUAAUCGAUAAAGUCUGAAUGAAUAAGGAAAUAUGCUAAUAUGACUGAUUAAUAAAUAGAGCCAUGAACUUUCCAUAUCUGUCCAAGUGAGGUAUAUAUCGCAGUCUUAACCGGAUAUCUGUUGUAUCCAUCCAUUUAUUUAUUUAUUUAUUUAUUGCUUGAUUGAUUGAUGAAUUAAGGUACAUUUAUGAUGUUAUUCAUUUAUUUAUUUAUUAUCUGAUUUGUGGUUUUUAUUUUUUAUAUGACAAUGUUUGUGGGAACACUUUUGUAACACUGUAAUGUUCACAAACGCACACACACACAAGCUGUUAAACGAUUGGCUGACGUUCUGCACACGCUCAGAUUGCACUCAACGACUUAGCCAAUCAGCUUCAAGCUGCGCCAUAUCAGUUCGCCGCUUGUUUCGUGCUUAAUUUGCCCAGUCGACUAAUAAUGUACUUGCUCCAUUUUUGUCCAGAAUGGUUCGACCCAUCUUUCUAAAUGUGUACACACAGCAAUACCUUCUGGUCCAAGAGUGUACUGUUAAUACUUGUAAAUAAUAGCGAAUCUGGGGUAGUUAGCGAAGAGAGUAGUUGCAAAGAAAAGGGGUUCCUGGGUGAAAGAAAAAAACUUGCCAAUCCAAUAUUAACUAAUGUAGAUGAAUGAAUAAACAAACGUGUUUUUCUUCCCAAAAAGUGUUUUUUUUAAUUCCUUUGUUGUUGAGCACAUCAUGCGUUAGCUGCACUUUAGCGCACAGCGAGAAAAUUACGCGAACAUUAGAUAAACAUAUUUCUCAAAGAUUCUGUUCAUUUCUUCUUAGCUUUUAGUAGGAUCUUAGAUUUUUAUCAUGUGAUUUGACAUUUGGAUGUUCAAGGGGGUUCGAGUCAAACGGACGUUAUCAAUAGCGUAGUGCUUAUUAGCGAACCACUAGCCUGCCGUCGAUUACGUGCGGGCGGCCGGCCGGCCUGUCUGUUUUUUCUUUUUCUUUCGUGUUUUUAACAAUCCAAUCCCUUAUUUCGCCCCCAGUAGUGAAUGUGCUGUGUUUCUAUUGGGUUACUGCCACAGUGUUGUGCAUUUGAAACAUUGGCGGGUGUGUGUUAGAAAAGUGUGUGGGGAAAAAAAAAAAGAGCCAAACGCGGCCAUACUUUUAAAUUAACGUCACUAGUUCAUCCGUCGCACAUCAGAA